AUGCCUAAAGAAGAAGAGAAGAAGGAAGAGGACAAGAAGAAGAAGGAAGAGAAGCCUAAGGAAGAAGUCAAGCCGAAGGAAGAAGUCAAGCCGAAGGAAGAGUUGAAACCUGAGGAAGAGAAGCCGAAAGAGGAGGUUAAACCAAAGGAAGAGAAGCCGAAAGAGGAAGUUAAACCGAAGGAAGAGGACAAGAAGAAGAAGGAAGAGAAGCCUAAGGAAGAAGUCAAGCCGAAGGAAGAGUUGAAACCUAAGGAAGAGAAGCCGAAAGAGGAGGUUAAACCUAAGGAAGAGGACAAGAAGAAGAAGAAGGAAGAGAAGAGGAAGAAUGAUAGCCUAAGUAAGAAGAAGGACAAGAAGAAGAAAGAAGGAAAGAGAAGCCUAAGGAAGAAGUUAAACCUAAGGAAGAGAAGCCGAAAGGAGGAGUUAAACCUAAAGGAAAGAGAGGGAAGAAGAGGAAAGAGGAAGUUAAACCUAAGGAAGAGAAGGAAGAGGCCAAGAAGAAGAAGAAGGAAGAGAAGGCCUAAGGAAGAGGUCAAGCCGAAGGAAGAGUUGAAACCUAAGGAAGAGAAGCCGAAAGAGGAAGUCGUGACGAAGAUCUCUGAAGAGGCAGUUACGACUGACGUGGAGCUUGUGAAGCAGGAAGCACACUCUGGACUAGAGAUUGACCUGAUAACCAUUGUUUUUGAUAACCUAAGUUCUUCGCUAAUUCGUACUCAAAAGAGGAAAGAAAAGGAAAAAGUAAAGCCAAAAGAUGACGAUAAAGAGCUGAUGCCUAAAGAAGAAGAGAAGAAGGAAGAGGACAAGAAGAAGAAGGAAGAGAAGCCUAAGGAAGAAGUGAAACCUAAGGAAGAGAAGCCGAAAGAGGAGGUUAAACCAAAGGAAGAGAAGCCGAAAGAGGAGGUUAAACCUAAGGAAGAGAACAAGAAGAAGAAGGAAGAGAAGCCUAGAAGGAAGAAACUGAAGAGGAGAAGUACGAAAGAGAAGUUGAAGCAGGAAGAAGUCUGGAAAGAGGAAGAUAACCUGAAGGAAGAGAAGCCGAAAGAGGAGAAGAGGACAAGAAGAAGAAGGAAGGAGAAGCCUAAGGAAGAAGAAGAGUUGAAACCUAAGGAAGAGAAGCCGAAAGAGGAGGUUAAACCAAAGGAAGAGAAGCCGAAAGAGGAAAAGAAGAGAAGCAGAAGAGAGGAAGUAAAAGGAAGAGGACAGAAGAAGAAGAAGGAAGAGAAGCCUAAGGAAGAAGUGAAACCUAAGGAAGAAGCGAAAGAGGAGGUUAAACCAAAGGAAGAGAAGCCGAAAGAGGAAGUUAAACCUAAGGAAGAGGACAAGAAGAAGAAGGAAGAGAAGCCUAAGGAAGAAGUCAAGCCGAAGGAAGAGUUGAAACCUGAGGAAGAGAAGCCGAAAGAGGAGGUUAAACCAAAGGAAGAGAAGCCGAAAGAGGAAGUCGUGACGAAGAUCUCUGAAGAGGCAGUUACGACUGACGUGGAGCUUGUGAAGCAGGAAGCACACUCUGGACUAGAGAUUCCCUCUAACAUUGUUUUUGAUAACCUAAGUUCUUCGCUAAUUCGUACUCAAAAGAGGAAAGAAAAGGAAAAAGUAAAGCCAAAAGAUGACGAUAAAGAGCUGAUGCCUAAAGAAGAAGAGAAGAAGGAAGAGGACAAGAAGAAGAAGGAAGAGAAGCCUAAGGAAGAAGUGAAACCUAAGGAAGAGAAGCCGAAAGAGGAGGUUGAAACCAAGGAAGAGAAGCCGAAAGAGGAGCCGAAGGAAGAGUUGAAACCUGAGGAAGAGAAGCCUAAGGAAGAGUUGAAACCUGAGGAAGAGAAGCCGAAAGAGGAGGUUAAACCAAAGGAAGAGGACAAGAAGAAGAAGGAAGAGAAGCCUAAGGAAGAAGAGGGAAAAAAGGAAGAGAAGCCGAAAGAGGAGGUUAAACCAAAGGAAGAGAAGCCGAAAGAGGAAGUUAAACCUAAGGAAGAGGCGAAGAAGAAGAAGAAGGAAGAGAAGCCUAAGGAAGAAGAAAAAGGAAGAGGAGUAAAGAGUAAAAAGGAAGAGAAGCCGAAAGAGGAAGUUAAACCUAAGGAAGAGGACAAGAAGAAGAAGGAAGAGAAGCCUAAAGAAGAAGUCAAGCCGAAGGAAGAAGUCAAGCCGAAGGAAGAGUUGAAACCUGAGGAAGAGAAGCCGAAAGAGGAGGUUAAACCAAAGGAAGAGAAGCCGAAAGAGGAAGUUAAACCUAAGGAAGAGGACAAGAAGAAGAAGGAAGAGAAGCCUAAGGAAGAAGUGAAACCUAAGGAAGAGAAGCCGAAAGAGGAGGUUAAACCAAAGGAAGAGAAGCCGAAAGAGGAAGUUAAACCUAAGGAAGAGGACAAGAAGAAGAAGAAGGAAGAGAAGCCUAAGGAAGAAGUCAAGCCGAAGGAAGAGUUGAAACCUGAGGAAGAGAAGCCGAAAGAGGAGGUUAAACCGAAGGAAGAGAAGCCGAAAGAGGAGGUUAAACCGAAGGAAGAGGACAAGAAGAAGAAGGAAGAGAAGCCGAAAGAGGAGGUUAAACCAAAGGAAGAGAAGCCGAAAGAGGAGGUUAAACCUAAGGAAGAGAAGCCGAAAGAGGAAGUUAAACCUAAGGAAGAGGACAAGAAGAAGAAGGAAGAGAAGCCUAAGGAAGAAGUGAAAACAGAUGAGGAGGACAAAAAGAAGAAGAAGAAGGAAGAGAAGCCUAAGGAAGAAGUCAAGCCGAAGGAAGAAGUCAAGCCGAAGGAAGAGUUGAAACCUGAGGAAGAGAAGCCGAAAGAGGAGGUUAAACCGAAGGAAGAGGACAAGAAGAAGAAGGAAGAGAAGCCUAAGGAAGAAGUGAAACCUAAGGAAGAGUUGAAACCUGAGGAAGAGAAGCCGAAAGAGGAGGUUAAACCAAAGGAAGAGAAGCCGAAAGAGGAAGUUAAACCUAAGGAAGAGGACAAGAAGAAGAAGAAGAAGGAAGAGAAGCCUAAGGAAGAGGUCAAGCCGAAGGAAGAGUUGAAACCUGAGGAAGAGAAGCCGAAAGAGGAAGUCGUGACGAAGAUCUCUGAAGAGGCAGUUACGACUGACGUGGAGCUUGUGAAGCAGGAAGCACACUCUGGACUAGAGAUUGACCUGAUAACCAUUGUUUUUGAUAACCUAAGUUCUUCGCUAAUUCGUACUCAAAAGAGGAAAGAAAAGGAAAAAGUAAAGCCAAAAGAUGACGAUAAAGAGCUGAUGCCUAAAGAAGAAGAGAAGAAGGAAGAGGACAAGAAGAAGAAGGAAGAGAAGCCUAAGGAAGAAGUGAAACCUAAGGAAGAGAAGCCGAAAGAGGAGGUUAAACCAAAGGAAGAGAAGCCGAAAGAGGAAGUUAAACCUAAGGAAGAGGACAAGAAGAAGAAGGAAGAGAAGCCUAAGGAAGAAGUCAAGCCAAAGGAAGAGUUGAUACCUAAGGAAGAGAAGCCGAAAGAGGAGGUUAAACCUAAGGAAGAGGACAAGAAGAAGAAGAAGGAAGAGAAGCCUAAAGAAGAAGAAGAGAAGCCGAAAGAGGAGGUUAAACCUAAGGAAGAGGACAAGAAGAAGAAGAAGGAAGAGAAGCCUAAAGAAGAAGUCAAGCCGAAGGAAGAGUUGAAACCUAUGGAAGAGAAGCCGAAAGAGGAAGUCGUGACGAAGAUCUCUGAAGAGGCAGUUACGACUGACGUGGAGCUUGUGAUGCAGGAAGCACACUCUGGACUAGAUAUUGACCUGAUAACCAUUGUUUUUGAUAACCUAAGUUCUUCGCUAAUUCGUACUCAAAAGAGGAAAGAAAAGGAAAAAGUAAAGCCAAAAGAUGACGAUAAAGAGCUGAUGCCUAAAGAAGAAGAGAAGAAGGAAGAGGACAAGAAGAAGAAGGAAGAGAAGCCUAAGGAAGAAGUCAAGCCGAAGGAAGAAGUCAAGCCGAAGGAAGAGUUGAAACCUGAAGAAGAGAAGCCGAAAGAGGAGGUUAAACCGAAGGAAGAGAAGCCGAAAGAGGAGGUUAAACCGAAGGAAGAGGACAAGAAGAAGAAGGAAGAGAAGCCGAAAGAGGAGGUUAAACCAAAGGAAGAGAAGCCGAAAGAGGAGGUUAAACCUAAGGAAGAGAAGCCGAAAGAGGAAGUUAAACCUAAGGAAGAGGACAAGAAGAAGAAGGAAGAGAAGCCUAAGGAAGAAGUGAAACCAGAUGAGGAGGACGACAAGAAAGAAGAAGUAACCAGAAGGAAGAGAAGCCAAGGGAAAGAGGAAGUUAAGCCGAAGGAAGAGAAUUGUAAGAAGAAGGAAGAGAACCAAGGAAGAAGUAAACCUGAGGAAGAGAAGAGGAAGAGGUUAAGAGAAAGAAGAGAAGUGAAACCUAAGGAAGAAAGAGGAGGCAAAGAAGAAGAAGAAGGAAGGAAGCCUAAGGAAGAAGUCAAGCCGAAGGAAGAAGUCAAGCCGAAGGAAGAGUUGAAACCUGAGGAAGAGAAGCCGAAAGAGGAGGUUAAACCAAAGGAAGAGAAGCCGAAAGAGGAAGUUAAACCUAAGGAAGAGGACAAGAGAAGAAGAAGGAAGAGAAGCCUAAGGAAGAAGUCAAGCCGAAGGAAGAAGUCGAAACCUAAGGAAGGAAGCCGAAGGAAGACCGAAGAGGAUCCAGGAAGAGCCAAGAAGAAGAAGGAAGAGAAGCCUAAGGAAGAAGUCAAGCCGAAGGAAGAAGUGAAGCCGAAGGAAGAGGAAGAGAAGCCGAAAGAGGAGGUUAAACCAAAGGAAGAGAAGCCGAAAGAGGAGGUUAAACCAAAGGAAGAGAAGCCGAAAGAGGAAGUUAAACCUAAGGAAGAGGACAAGAAGAAGAAGAAGGAGGAGAAGCCUAAGGAAGAAGUCAAGCCGAAGGAAGAAGUCAAGCCGAAGGAAGAGAAGAGAAGGAGAGAAGAGAGUAAACCGAAAGAAGAGGUUAAACCUAAGGAAGACAAGCCGAAAGAGGAGGUUAAACCAAAGGAAGAGAAGCCUAAAGAGGAGCCGAAGGAAGAGUUGAAACCUAAGGAAGAGAAGCCGAAAGAGGAGGUUAAACCGAAGGAAGAGAAGCCGAAAGAGGAAGUUAAACCUAAGGAAGAGGCAACAAGAAGAAGAAGGAAGAGAAGCCUAAGGAAGAAGUUAAGCCAAAGGAAGGAGAAGAAGGGAGGAGAAGAAGAAGAAGGAAGAGAAGAGGAAGAGGUAAGCGAAGGAAGAGAAGGAAGGAAGAGAAGCCAAGGAAGAGGAGAAGAAGAGGAAGAGAAGCCGAAAGAGGAGGUUAAACCAAAGGAAGAGAAGCCGAAAGAGGAGGUUAAACCAAAGGAAGAGGACAAGAAGAAGAAGGAAGGAGAGAAGCCUAAGGAAGAAGAGGAAGAGAAGCCGAAAGAGGAGGUUAAACCGAAGGAAGAGGACAAAAAGAAGAAGAAGGAAGAGAAACCUAAGGAAGAAGUCAAGCCAAAGGAAGAAGUCAAGCCGAAGGAAGAGUUGAAACCUGAGGAAGAGAAGCCGAAAGAGGAGGUUAAACCGAAGGAAGAGAAGCCGAAAGAAGAGAUGAAACCUAAGGAAGAGGAUAAGAAGAAGAAGAAGGAAGAGAAACCUAAGGAAGAAGUCAAGCCGAAGGAAGAGUUGAAACCUGAGGAAGAGAAGCCGAAAGAGGAGGAAGCCGAAGAAGGAAGAGGAAGGAAGAAGAGAAGCCGAAAGGAGAGCCAAAGGAAGGAAGUUAAAGAAGAAAGGAAGGAAGAGAAGCCGAAGGAAGAGGAAGAAGAAGAGAAGAAGGAAGAGGACAAGAAGAAGAAGGAAGAAGGAAGGAGCCUAAGGAAGAAGUCAAGCCGAAGGAAGAAGAAGAGGAAGAAGGAGGUUAAACCUAAGGAAGACAAGCCGAAAGAGGAGGUUAAAGCAAAGGAAGAGGACAAAAAGAAGAAGGAAGAGAAGCCUAAGGAAGAAGUGAAACCUAAAGAAGAGAAGCCGAAAGAGGAGGUUAAACCUAAGGAAGACAAGCCGAAAGAGGAGGUUAAACCAAAGGAAGAGGACAAAAAGAAGAAGAAGGAAGAGAAGCCUAAGGAAGAAGUCAAGCCGAAGGAAGAGUUGAAACCUAAGGAAGAGAAGCCGAAAGAGGAGGUUAAACCAAAGGAAGAGAAGCCGAAAGAGGAGGUUAAACCUAAGGAAGAGGACAAAAAGAAGAAGAAGGAAGAGAAGCCUAAGGAAGAAGUCAAGCCGAAGGAAGAAGUCAAGCCGAAGGAAGAGAAGCCGAAAGAGGAGGUUAAACCUAAGGAAGAGGACAAGAAGAAGAAGAAGGAAGAGAAGCCUAAGGAAGAAGUCAAGCCAAAGGAAGAGUUGAUACCUAAGGAAGAGAAGCCGAAAGAGGAGGUUAAACCUAAGGAAGAGGACAAGAAGAAGAAGAAGGAAGAGAAGCCUAAAGAAGAAGAAGUCAAGCCAGAAGGAAGAGGAAGAAGAGUCAAGCCGAAGGAAGAGUUGAAACGAAGAGGAAGAGAAGCCGAAAGAGGAGGUGUUAAACCUGAAGGGGAAGAAGUGAAAGAGGAAGAGAGGAAGAGAAGAAGGAAAGAAAGAGAAGGCAAGACGAAAGAGGAAGAAGUUAAACCAAAGGAAGAGCCAGAAGAAGAAGAAGAAGAAGAGAAGCCGAAGGAAGAAGAAGAGAAGCCGAAAGAGGAGGUUAAACCGAAGGAAGAGGAGAAGGAAGAGAAGCCUAAGGAAGAAGUCAAGCCGAAGGAAGAGUUGAAACCUAAGGAAGAGAAGCCGAAAGAGGAGGUUAAACCAAAGGAAGAGAAGCCGAAAGAGGAAGUUAAACCUAAGGAAGAGGACAAGAAGAAGAAGGAAGAGAAGCCUAAGGAAGAAGGGAAGAGGAACCAAGAGAAGAGAAGACGAAGGAAGAGAAGCCUAAGGAAGAAGUCAAGCCGAAAGGAAGAGGUGAAACCGAAGGAAGAGAAGCCGAAAGAGGAGGAAGAGAAGCCGAAAGAGGAGGUUAAACCAAAGGAAGAGGGAAAAGAAGAAGAAGAAGGAAGAGAGAAGCCUAAGGAAGAAGUCAAGCCGAAGGAAGAGUUGAAACCCAAAGGAAGAAGGAAGAAGGAAGAAGAAGAAAGAGGACAAGAAGAAGAAGAAGAGAAGCCUAAGGAAGAAGUGAAACCUAAGGAAGAGAAGACGAAAGAGGAAGAAGAAGAAGAAGAAGAGGAGAAGGAAGAGAAGCCGAAAGAGGAGGUUAAACCAAAGGAAGAGAAGCCGAAAGAGGAGGUUAAACCAAAGGAAGAGGACAAGAAGAAGAAGGAAGAAGGAAGAGGCCAAGGAAGAAGGAGUAAGGAAGAAGUCAAGCCGAAGGAAGAGUUGAUACCUAAGGAAGAGAAGCCGAAAGAGGAGGUUAAACCUAAGGAAGAGGACAAGAAGAAGAAGCCGAAGAAGGAAGAAGUUAAACCUAAGGAAGGAAGAAGAAGACAAGAAGAAGAAGAAGCCGAAGGAAGAAAGAAGCCGAAAGAGGAGGUUAAACCUAAGAAGAAGGAAGAGGACCAAAGGAAGAAGAAGAAGAAGAAGAAGAAGCCUAAGGAAGAAGUCAAGCCGAAGGAAAAGAGGUUGAAACCUAAGGAAGAGAAGCCGAAAAGAGGGAAGGGAAGAAGAGAGAAGAAGGAAGAGAAGCCUAAGGAAGAGUUGAAACCUAAGGAAGAGAAGCCGAAAGAGGAGGUUAAACCUAAGGAAGACAAGCCGAAAGAGGAGGUUAAACCAAAGGAAGAGGACAAAAAGAAGAAGAAGGAAGAGAAACCUAAGGAAGAAGUCAAGCCAAAGGAAGAGUUGAAACCUAAGGAAGAGAAGCCGAAAGAGGAGAGAGAAGAGAAGAAGAAGGAAGAAGGAAGAGGGAAGAGAGAGAAGGAAGGAAGAAGAAGAGGAAGGAAGAAGAAGCCGAAAGAAGAGGUUAAACCUAAGGAAGACAAGCCGAAAGAGGAGGUUAAACCAAAGGAAGAGGACAAAAAGAAGAAGAAGGAAGAGAAACCUAAGGAAGAAGUCAAGCCGAAGGAAGAGUUGAAACCGAAGGAAGAGAAGCCGAAAGAGGAGGAAGAAGUCAAGAAGGAGGAGAAGCCUAAGGAAGAGAAGAAGGAGGAGGUUAAACCGAAGGAAGAAGAGAGGAGGAAGCCAAGGAAGGGAGAAGUGAAGCCGAAGGAAGAGAAGUUGAAAGAGGAGGUUAAACCUGAAGGAAGAGAAGCCGAAAGAGGAGGAAGGAAAGAAGAAGAGAAGCCGAAGGAAGAGUUGAAACCUGAAGAAGAGAAGCCGAAAGAGGAGGUUAAAAGGAAGAGAAGGAAGAGUGAGAAACCAAGGAAGAGGAAGAGAAGAGAAGGAAGAAAGAAGGAAGAGAAGCCGAAGGAAGAGGUUAAACCUAAGGAAGAGAAGCCGAAAGAGGAGGAAGGAAGAGGAGUUAAACCGAAGGAAGAGAAGCCGAAAGAGGAGGUUAAACCAAAGGAAGAGGACAAAAAGAAGAAGAAGGAAGAGAAGCCUAAGGAAGAAGUGAAACCUAAGGAAGAGAAGCCGAAAGAGGAGGUUAAACCAAAGGAAGAGGACAAGAAGAAGAAGGAAGAGAAGCCUAAGGAAGAAGUCAAGCCGAAGGAAGAGUUGAAACCUAAGGAAGAGAAGCCGAAAGAGGAGGUUAAACCUAAGGAAGAGAAGCCGAAAGAGGAGGCUAAACCAAAGGAAGAGGACAAAAAGAAGAAGAAGGAAGAGAAGCCUAAGGAAGAAGUGAAACCUAAGGAAGAAGUCAAGCCGAAGGAAGAGUUGAAACCGAAGGAAGAGAAGCCGAAAGAGGAGGUUAAACCUAAGGAAGACAAGCCGAAAGAGGAGGCUAAACCAAAGGAAGAGGACACAAAAAGAAGCAGAAGGAAGAGAAGCCUAAGGAAGAAGUCAAGCCGAAGGAAGAAGAGAAGCCGAAAGAGGAGGUUAAACCUAAGGAGAGGAGGAAGAGGAAGAGAAAGAAGAAAGAAGGAAGAGAAACCUAAGGAAGAGCCUAAGGAAGAAGUUAAACCGAAGGAAGAGAAGCCGAAAGAGGAAGUUAAACCUAAGGAAGAGGACAAGAAGAAGAAGGAAGAGAAGCCUAAGGAAGAAGUCAAGCCGAAGGAAGAAGUGAAACCAGAUGAGGAGGACAAGAAGAAGAAGAAGAAGGAAGAGAAGCCUAAGGAAGAAGUCAAGCAAGGAAGAAAGAGAAGCCGAAAGAAGAAGGAAGAGGAAAACAAGAAGAAGAAGAAGAAGAAAAGAAGAAGUCAAGGAAGGAAGAGAAACCUAAGGAAGAGAGAAGCCGAAGGAAGAGAAGAGAAGCCGAAAGAGGAGGUUAAACCGAAGGAAGAGAAGCCGAAAGAGGAGGUUAAACCAAAGGAAGAGGACAAAAAGAAGAAGAAGGAAGAGAAGCCUAAGGAAGAAGUGAAACCUAAAGAAGAGAAGCCGAAAGAGGAGGUUAAACCUAAGGAAGACAAGCCGAAAGAGGAGGUUAAACCAAAGGAAGAGGACAAAAAAGAAGGAAGAGAAGCUGAAGAAGUCAAGCCGAAGGAAGAAGAAAGUCAAGCCGAAAGAGGAAGAGGACAAAAAGAAGAAGAAGAAGAGCCUAAGGAAGUCAAGCCGAAGAAGAGGAGAGUUAAACCAAAGGAAGAGGACAAAAAGAAGAGAAGAAACCUAAGGAAGAAGCCGAAGGAAGAGGUAAGCCGAGGAAGAGAGGGAAGAGGAGGUGAAACCGAAGAAGGAAGAAGAAAGAAGAAGAAGGAAGAGAAGCCUAAGGAAGAAGUCAAGCAGAAGGAAGAGUUGAAGCUGAAAAGAAGGAGAGGAAGAAGAAGAAGAAAGGAAGGGGAAGCCAAAGGAAGAGGCAAAAAGAAGAAGAAGGAAGAGAAUAAGGAAGAAGUGAAACCUAAGGAAGAGAAGCCGAAAGAGGAGGUUAAACCUAAGGAAGACAAGCCGAAAGAGGAGGUUAAACCAAAGGAAGGAAGAAGAAGAGAAGCCGAAGAAGAGGUGAAAGAAGGAAGGAAGGGACCAAGGAAGAAGAAGAAGGAAGAGAAGCCUAAGGAAGAAGUCAAGCCGAAGGAAGAGGUGAAACCAGAGGAAGAGGACAAAAAGAAGAAGAAGGAAGAGAAGCCUAAGGAAGAAGUCAAGCCGAAGGAAGAAGUGAAGGAAGAGGUGAAACCUGAGGAAGAGAAGACAAGAAGAAAAGAAGAGAAGAAGAAAAGGAAGAGAAGAAGCCGAAAGAGAAGGAAGGAAGCAAAAAGAAGGAAGUUAAACCUAAGGAAGAAGAGAAGCCGAAAGAGGAGGUUAAAAGAAGAAGGAGGAUUAAAGAAGCCAAAGGAAGAGAAGAAACCUAAGGAAGAAGUCAAGCCGAAGGAAGAGUUGAAACCGAAGGAAGAGAAGCCGAAAGAGGAGGUUAAACCUAGGAAAGGAAGAGGACAAGAAGAAAGAAGAAGGAAGAGAAGCCUAAGGAAGAAGUCAAGCCGAAGGAAGAAGGAAGAAGUGAAACCCAGAGGAAGAGGCAAAAAGAAGAAGAAGGAAGAGAGUAGCCUAAGGAAGAGAAAGGAAGAAGUCAAGCCGAAGGAAGAAGUGAAACCAGAGGAAGAGAAGCCGAAAGAAGAGAUGAAACCUAAGGAAGAGGACAAGAAGAAGAAGAAGGAAGAGAAACCUAAAGAAGAAGUCAAGCCGAAGGAAGAAGUCAAGCCGAGGGAAGAGUUGAAACCUGAGGAAGAGAAGCCUAAGGAAGAAAGGAAAAAGAAGAAGAAGGAAGAGAAGCCUAAGGAAGAAGUCAAGCCAAAGGAAGAAGUCAAGCCGAAGGAAGAGUUGAAACCUGAGGAAGAGAAGCCGAAAGAAGAGAUGAAACCUAAGGAAGACAAGCCGAAAGAGGAGGUUAAACCAAAGGAAGAGGACAAAAAGAAGAAGAAGGAAGAGAAGCCUAAGGAAGAAGUCAAGCCGAAGGAAGAAGUCAAGCCGAAGGAAGAGUUGAAACCUGAGGAAGAGAAGCCGAAAGAGGAGGUUAAACCAAAGGAAGAGAAGCCGAAAGAAGAGGUUAAACCGAAGGAAGAGGACAAAAAGAAGAAGAAGGAAGAGAAACCUAAGGAAGAAGUCAAGCCGAAGGAAGAGUUGAAACCUGGGGAAGAGAAGCCGAAAGAGGAGGUUAAACCGAAGGAAGAGAAGCCGAAAGAGGAGGUUAAACCUAAGGAAGACAAGCCGAAAGAGGAGGCUAAACCAAAGGAAGAGGACAAAAAGAAGCAGAAGGAAGAGAAGCCUAAGGAAGAAGUCAAGCCGAAGGAAGAAGUCAAGCCGAAGGAAGAAGUGAAACCAGAGGAAGAGGACAAAAAGAAGAAGAAGGAAGAGAAGCCUAAGGAAGAAGUCAAGCCGAAGGAAGAAGUCAAGCCGAAGGAAGAAGUGAAACCAGAGGAAGAGAAGCCGAAAGAAGAGAUGAAACCUAAGGAAGAGUUGAAACCUAAGGAAGAGAAGCCGAAAGAGGAGGCUAAACCAAAGGAAGAGGACAAGAAGAAGAAGAAGGAAGAGAAGCCUAAGGAAGAAGUGAAACCUAAGGAAGAGUUGAAACCUAAGGAAGAGAAGCCGAAAGAGGAGGUUAAACCAAAGGAAGAGGACAAAAAGAAGAAGAAGGAAGAGAAGCCUAAGGAAGAAGUCAAGCCAAAGGAAGAAGUCAAGCCGAAGGAAGAAGUGAAACCAGAGGAAGAGAAGCCGAAAGAAGAGAUGAAACCUAAGGAAGAGGACAAGAAGAAGAAGAAGGAAGAGAAACCUAAGGAAGAAGUCAAGCCGAGGGAAGAGUUGAAACCUGAGGAAGAGAAGCCGAAAGAGGAGGUUAAACCAAAGGAAGAGGACAAAAAGAAGAAGAAGGAAGAGAAGCCUAAGGAAGAAGUGAAACCUAAAGAAGAGAAGCCGAAAGAGGAGGUUAAACCUAAGGAAGACAAGCCGAAAGAGGAGGUUAAACCAAAGGAAGAGGACAAAAAGAAGAAGAAGGAAGAGAAACCUAAGGAAGAAGUCAAGCCGAAGGAAGAGUUGAAACCUGGGGAAGAGAAGCCGAAAGAGGAGGUUAAACCGAAGGAAGACAAGCCGAAAGAGGAGGUUAAACCAAAGGAAGAGGACAAAAAGAAGAAGAAGGAAGAGAAGCCUAAGGAAGAAGUGAAACCUAAGGAAGAGAAGCCGAAAGAGGAGGUUAAACCAAAGGAAGAGAAGCCGAAAGAAGAGGUUAAACCGAAGGAAGAGGACAAAAAGAAGAAGAAGGAAGAGAAGCCUAAGGAAGAAGUGAAACCUAAAGAAGAGAAGCCGAAAGAGGAGGUUAAACCAAAGGAAGAGGACAAAAAGAAGAAGAAGGAAGAGAAGCCUAAGGAAGAAGUCAAGCCAAAGGAAGAAGUCAAGCCGAAGGAAGAGGUGAAACCAAAGGAAGAGAAGCCGAAAGGAAAGAAGAAACCUAAGGAAGAGAAGCCAAGGAAGAAGGAAGAGUUGAAACCUGAGGAAGAGAAGCCGAAAGAGGAGGUUAAACCGAAGGAAGAGAAGCCGAAAGAGGAGGUCAAACCGAAGGAAGAGAAGCCGAAAGAAGAGGUCAAACCGAAGGAAGAGGACAAAAAGAAGAAGAAGGAAGAGAAGCCUAAGGAAGAAGUGAAACCUAAGGAAGAGAAGCCGAAAGAGGAGGUUAAACCAAAGGAAGAGAAGCCGAAAGAAGAGGAAGAGGACAAAAAGAAGAAGAAGGAAGAGAAGCCUAAGGAAGAAGUCAAGCCGAAGGAAGAGGUGAAACCUAAGGAAGAGAAGUCAAAAGAGGGAGUUAAACCAACGGAAGAGAAGCCGAAGGAGGAGUUUAAACCAAAGGAAGAGGACAAAAAGAAGAAGAAGGAAGAGAAGCCUAAGGAAGAGGUCAAGCCAAAGGAAGAGUUGAAACCUGAGGAAGAGAAGCCGAAAGAGGAGGUUAAACCGAAGGAAGAGGACAAGAAGAAGAAGAAGGAAGAGAAGCCUAAGGAAGAGGUCAAGCCAAAGGAAGAGUUGAAACCUGAGGAAGAGAAGCCGAAAGAGGAGGUUAAACCGAAGGAAGAGGACAAGAAGAAGAAGAAGGAAGAGAAGCCUAAGGAAGAGGUCAAGCCGAAGGAAGAGUUGAAACCUGAGGAAGAGAAGCCGAAAGAGGAGGUUAAACCUAAGGAAGAGAAGCCGAAAGAGGAGGUUAAACCAAAGGAAGAGGACAAAAAGAAGAAGAAGGAAGAGAAGCCUAAGGAAGAAGUCAAGCCGAAGGAAGAGGUGAAACCUAAGGAAGAGAAGUCAAAAGAGGGAGUUAAACCAACGGAAGAGAAGCCGAAGGAGGAGGUUGAACCAAAGGAAAAGGACAAAAAGAAGAAGGAAGAGAAGCCUAAGGAAGAAGUCAAGCCGAAGGAAGAGGUGAAACCUAAGGAAGAGAAGCCAAAAGAGGAAGUUAAACCAACGGAAGAGAUGCCGAAAGAAGAGGUUAAACCGAAGGAAGAGGACAAAAAGAAGAAGGAAGAGAAGCCUAAGGAAGAAGUCAAGGCGAAGGAAGAGGUGAAACCUAAGGAAGAGAAGCGGAAGGAAGAGUUGAAGGCUAAACAGGAGAAGUUAAAGUUAGAGGAAGCGAGGAAGGAAGAAACGAUGGAAAAGAGUGAUGAAGAGCAGAUGCAGUUCGAGCCUGAGCAGGAUUUGAAAGCUGGCGAUGUUGAAGUGUCAGCUUGUUUUUCCUCUGUUUUCACAGAGGAGGAUUGUGCAUCCUUCUGUGGAAAUGUAGUGAACAACGAAAGAUUAUGGAUCGUUGUUCGUGAACCAUCUCUGGAGGAAGUAACAUGUUCUGCUUCAUUAGUCAAACAGAGAACUGAAAAAAUAGGAAUUGGAAUAAUAUUUGAAAGGAAACCGAGUUCAGAUAGUCUUUUGCCGGAAGAUGAUGAUAAUGUAGCAGUUACUGAUGUUACCGAAGCGGCAAUUAUCAAACAAGACGAUGGGAAGAAGAGGAAGAAGAAGAAGAAGAAGUCUGCCAAGCGAGACAAGGUGGAAAUCAAGGUCACACCUUCCGACGAGCAUGAUGAUGAUCACAUUCAAAGACGUGCGCCAUCCAAAACUGAUAACUUGGAGGUUAACUUCUCCAGAAAAAGGACUCUUUCAGGCACUAGCGAGAUCUGUGUCGAGAUCGAUAUUGAAGCUGGCGAGGAGAGUGCCAAAACAGAUGCACUUGUCGACUUGAACUUCUAUGAUUUCGAUGAGAACAGUCUUAGUGUGGCUAGCUGUGAGGAGGAAGGUAUUGAAGUUGAUGUGCUGUUGGACUCGAUUACUGAAGAAGACGGUAUCGACGCCUACGGCCUUACCAGUGCUGCUCAGGAGAUCGCAACUACAGUGCAGAUGCCUUCUGCAGACACAUCCGUCUCAAGACUUAUUGACGAAUUUAAAUCACUUUCCAAGGAAGAAGUUGAUGUGUGCAUUAGCGCUGUACAAAACAAAGAAUUUGUCGAAAAAUCAAUUAGUCUUGACAUCGAAGUUGACACAGGAGCUGAAGAAGUCGGUGAGGUAUCACAGCAGAUUAUAAUUCAUCCUCAAUCGACAGAGUGGAAGCACCUCAAGGAUGUCAUAUUCCUUAGCUGUAUAACUAAAAAUACGAUAGAGCAUGCAUCAUGGUUCAAAAAUGGAAUGACAGUUGAUUCGAACGAAAUCAUAUCGAUUGAAAACGAGGGGAAUGAAUCUCGAAUUACUUUUGAAAAAUUCAAUCCCUUCUACAUAGGUGUUUACCACGUUGUCGUUGACGGUGUUGGAAGUCAGCCAGCCCACAUUUCAGCCAGCGUUCCACCUACAAUAGAGACCGAAAUCCCCUCAACUAUUGUUCAUAGGAUUGGAAAACCACUGGAUUUGCAACUCUCAUACACCGCAUAUCCCGCUCCUCAAGUGAAAUUGAAACAUAAGAAUGGAAAAGUAAUACUGAUUGCAGAUAUUGAUCAGUAUGAAGACUCACUUUCAAUAAGAAUCAAAAACUUGAAAAAGGAGGACGAAGGUGAUAUAAGCAUUUUCCUCUCCAACGAAUUCGGAGAAGCAGAGACAUCUUUCACAUUGCAGUUGGUAGAUACACCAUUAGCGCCAAGAAACGCUCGUGCAGUUAAGCUAACACCUACCGCAGUAACGCUAGAAUGGGACAGUCCUGAAAAUGAUGAUGAUGAGGUUUUACAGUACGUGGUUAAAAGAAGAAUAGCAGAGAGCGGAAGGUGGAGGAAAAUUGCGAAAACACCGAAUAAAACGUACACAUGCGAAGAACUUAUACCGAACGAGUUCUACGCAUUUAGGAUAGUAGCUGAAAAUGAAUACGGAGAAGGACUCCCUAGCAAUGUAGUGGAAGUAGACACGCCUCUAGAUGAUGAAGAAGAUCAGGUCAAGGAGGAAAUAGGUGAACCAGCUAAUGAGGAGAUCACAACUUUAGAGGAACCAACGCAAGAUAAAGAGCAGGAAAUCAUAGUGGAAGAUGAGAAGUUGAAAAAGGAAGCGAAGCUAGAAGAAGAGGUUGAAGAAAAACAGCAGGAAAAAGACAAACCAAAAGAAGAAGCUAGGAUAGUCGAAGAUGUAAAACCCCUGGAAGAGAAAGUAGAAGAAGAUGUAAAGCCUAAAGAGGAAGAGGAUAAACCGGAAGGAGAAACGAAACCCAAAAAGGCUAAGAAGAAGAAGGAAAUGAAACCUAAGGAAAAGGGUGCACCUGAGGAGGAGAAGCCGAAGGAAGAGGUUAAACCGGCAGAAGAAGUGAAACCUAAGGAAGAGGCUAAGAAGAAGAAGGAAGUAAAACCUAAGGAAGAGGUUGCACCUGAGGAGAAGCCAGAGGAAGAGGUUAAACCGACAGAAGAAGUGAAACCCAAAGAAGAGGCUAAGAAGAAGAAGGAAGUGAAACCUAAGGAAGAUGUUGCACCUGAGGAGAAGCCGAAGGAAGAGGUUAAACCGGCAGAAGAAGUGAAACCCAAAGAAGAGGCUAAGAAGAAGAAGGAAGUGAAACCUAAGGAAGAGGUUGCACCUGAGGAGAAGCCAGAGGAAGAGGUUAAACCGACAGAAGAAGUGAAACCCAAAGAAGAGGCUAAGAAGAAGAAGGAAGUGAAACCUAAGGAAGAUGUUGCACCUGAGGAGAAGCCGAAGGAAGAGGUUAAACCGGUAGAAGAAGUGAAACCCAAAGAAGAGGCUAAGAAGAAGAAGGAAGUGAAACCUAAGGAAGAGGUUGCACCUGAGGAGAAGCCAGAGGAAGAGGUUAAACCGACAGAAGAAGUGAAACCCAAAGAAGAGGCUAAGAAGAAGAAGGAAGUGAAACCUAAGGAAGAUGUUGCACCUGAGGAGAAGCCGAAGGAAGAGGUUAAACCGGCAGAAGAAGUGAAACCCAAAGAAGAGGCUAAGAAGAAGAAGGAAGUGAAACCUAAGGAAGAGGUUGCACCUGAGGAGAAGCCAGAGGAAGAGGUUAAACCGACAGAAGAAGUGAAACCCAAAGAAGAGGCUAAGAAGAAGAAGGAAGUGAAACCUAAGGAAAAUGUUGCACCUGAGGAGAAGCCGAAGGAAGAGGUUAAACCGGUAGAAGAAGUGAAACCCAAAGAAGAGGCUAAGAAGAAGAAGGAAGUGAAACCUAAGGAAGAGGUUGCACCUGAGGAGAAGCCAGAGGAAGAGGUUAAACCGACAGAAGAAGUGAAACCCAAGGAAGAGGCUAAGAAGAAGAAGGAAGUGAAACCUAAGGAAGAUGUUGCACCUGAGGAGAAGCCGAAGGAGGAGGUUAAACCGGCAGAAGAAGUGAAACCCAAAGAAGAGGCUAAGAAGAAGAAGGAAGUGAAACCUAAGGAAGAGGUUGCACCUGAGGAGAAGCCAGAGGAAGAGGUUAAACCGACAGAAGAAGUGAAACCCAAGGAAGAGGUUAAGAAGAAGAAGGAAGUGAAGCCUAAGGAAGAGACUAGACCUGAAGAGGAGAAGCCGAAGGAAGAGGUUAAACCGGCAGAAGAAGUGAAACCCAAAGAAGAGGCUAAGAAGAAGAAGGAAGUGAAGCCUAAGGAAGAGGUCACACCUGAAGAGAAGCCAGAGGAAGAGGUUAAACCGACAGAAGAAGUGAAACCCAAAGAAGAGGCUAAGAAGAAGAAGGAAGUGAAACCUAAGGAAGAUGUUGCACCUGAGGAGAAGCCAGAGGAAGAGGUUAAACCGACAGAAGAAGUGAAACCCAAAGAAGAGGCUAAGAAGAAGAAGGAAGUGAAACCUAAGGAAGAGGUUGCACCUGAGGAGAAGCCAGAGGAAGAGGUUAAACCGACAGAAGAAGUGAAACCCAAGGAAGAGGUUAAGAAGAAGAAGGAAGUGAAGCCUAAGGAAGAGACUAGACCUGAAGAGGAGAAGCCGAAGGAAGAGGUUAAACCGGCAGAAGAAGUGAAACCCAAAGAAGAGGCUAAGAAGAAGAAGGAAGUGAAGCCUAAGGAAGAGGUCACACCUGAGGAGAAGCCAGAGGAAGAGGUUAAACCGACAGAAGAAGUGAAACCCAAAGAAGAGGCUAAGAAGAAGAAGGAAGUGAAACCUAAGGAAGAUGUUGCACCUGAGGAGAAGCCGAAGGAAGAGGUUAAACCGGCAGAAGAAGUGAAACCCAAAGAAGAGGCUAAGAAGAAGAAGGAAGUGAAACCUAAGGAAGAGGUUGCACCUGAGGAGAAGCCGAAGGAAGAGGAAGAGGUUGCACCUGAGGAGAAGCCAGAGGAAGAGGUUAAACCGACAGAAGAAGUGAAACCCAAAGAAGAGGCUAAGAAGAAGAAGGAAGUGAAACCUAAGGAAGAUGUUGCACCUGAGGAGAAGCCGAAGGAAGAGGUUAAACCGGUAGAAGAAGUGAAACCCAAAGAAGAGGCUAAGAAGAAGAAGGAAGUGAAACCUAAGGAAGAGGUUGCACCUGAGGAGAAGCCAGAGGAAGAGGUUAAACCGACAGAAGAAGUGAAACCCAAAGAAGAGGCUAAGAAGAAGAAGGAAGUGAAACCUAAGGAAGAUGUUCCACCUGAGGAGAAGCCGAAGGAAGAGGUUAAACCGGCAGAAGAAGUGAAACCCAAAGAAGAGGCUAAGAAGAAGAAGGAAGUGAAACCUAAGGAAGAGGUUGCACCUGAGGAGAAGCCAGAGGAAGAGGUUAAACCGACAGAAGAAGUGAAACCCAAAGAAGAGGCUAAGAAGAAGAAGGAAGUGAAACCUAAGGAAAAUGUUGCACCUGAGGAGAAGCCGAAGGAAGAGGUUAAACCGGUAGAAGAAGUGAAACCCAAAGAAGAGGCUAAGAAGAAGAAGGAAGUGAAACCUAAGGAAGAGGUUGCACCUGAGGAGAAGCCAGAGGAAGAGGUUAAACCGACAGAAGAAGUGAAACCCAAGGAAGAGGUUAAGAAGAAGAAGGAAGUGAAGCCUAAGGAAGAGACUAGACCUGAAGAGGAGAAGCCGAAGGAAGAGGUUAAACCGGCAGAAGAAGUGAAACCCAAAGAAGAGGCUAAGAAGAAGAAGGAAGUGAAGCCUAAGGAAGAGGUCACACCUGAGGAGAAGCCAGAGGAAGAGGUUAAACCGACAGAAGAAGUGAAACCCAAAGAAGAGGCUAAGAAGAAGAAGGAAGUGAAACCUAAGGAAGAUGUUGCACCUGAGGAGAAGCCAGAGGAAGAGGUUAAACCGACAGAAGAAGUGAAACCCAAAGAAGAGGCUAAGAAGAAGAAGGAAGUGAAACCUAAGGAAGAGGUUGCACCUGAGGAGAAGCCAGAGGAAGAGGUUAAACCGACAGAAGAAGUGAAACCCAAGGAAGAGGUUAAGAAGAAGAAGGAAGUGAAGCCUAAGGAAGAGACUAGACCUGAAGAGGAGAAGCCGAAGGAAGAGGUUAAACCGGCAGAAGAAGUGAAACCCAAAGAAGAGGCUAAGAAGAAGAAGGAAGUGAAACGUAAGGAAGAGGUUGCACCUGAGGAGAAGCCGAAGGAAGAGGUUAAACCGGUAGAAGAAGUGAAACCCAAAGAAGAGGCUAAGAAGAAGAAGGAAGUGAAACCUAAGGAAGAUGUUGCACCUGAGGAGAAGCCGAAGGAGGAGGUUAAACCGGCAGAAGAAGUGAAACCCAAAGAAGAGGCUAAGAAGAAGAAGGAAGUGAAACCUAAGGAAGAGGUUGCACCUGAGGAGAAGCCAGAGGAAGAGGUUAAACCGACAGAAGAAGUGAAACCCAAAGAAGAGGCUAAGAAGAAGAAGGAAGUGAAACCUAAGGAAGAUGUUGCACCUGAGGAGAAGCCGAAGGAAGAGGUUAAACCGGUAGAAGAAGUGAAACCCAAAGAAGAGGCUAAGAAGAAGAAGGAAGUGAAACCUAAGGAAGAGGUUGCACCUGAGGAGAAGCCAGAGGAAGAGGUUAAACCGACAGAAGAAGUGAAACCCAAAGAAGAGGCUAAGAAGAAGAAGGAAGUGAAACCUAAGGAAGAUGUUGCACCUGAGGAGAAGCCGAAGGAAGAGGUUAAACCGGCAGAAGAAGUGAAACCCAAAGAAGAGGCUAAGAAGAAGAAGGAAGUGAAACCUAAGGAAGAGGUUGCACCUGAGGAGAAGCCGAAGGAAGAGGUUAAACCGGCAGAAGAAGUGAAACCCAAAGAAGAGGCUAAGAAGAAGAAGGAAGUGAAACCUAAGGAAGAGGUUGCACCUGAGGAGAAGCCAGAGGAAGAGGUUAAACCGACAGAAGAAGUGAAACCCAAAGAAGAGGCUAAGAAGAAGAAGGAAGUGAAACCUAAGGAAGAUGUUGCACCUGAGGAGAAGCCGAAGGAAGAGGAAGAGGUUGCACCUGAGGAGAAGCCAGAGGAAGAGGUUAAACCGACAGAAGAAGUGAAACCCAAAGAAGAGGCUAAGAAGAAGAAGGAAGAAGAGGUUAAACCGGCAGAAGAAGUGAAACCCAAAGAAGAGGCUAAGAAGAAGAAGGAAGUGAAACCUAAGGAAGAGGUUGCACCUGAGGAGAAGCCAGAGGAAGAGGUUAAACCGACAGAAGAAGUGAAACCCAAAGAAGAGGCUAAGAAGAAGAAGGAAGUGAAACCUAAGGAAAAUGUUGCACCUGAGGAGAAGCCGAAGGAAGAGGUUAAACCGGUAGAAGAAGUGAAACCCAAAGAAGAGGCUAAGAAGAAGAAGGAAGUGAAACCUAAGGAAGAGGUUGCACCUGAGGAGAAGCCAGAGGAAGAGGUUAAACCGACAGAAGAAGUGAAACCCAAGGAAGAGGUUAAGAAGAAGAAGGAAGUGAAGCCUAAGGAAGAGACUAGACCUGAAGAGGAGAAGCCGAAGGAAGAGGUUAAACCGGCAGAAGAAGUGAAACCCAAAGAAGAGGCUAAGAAGAAGAAGGAAGUGAAGCCUAAGGAAGAGGUCACACCUGAGGAGAAGCCAGAGGAAGAGGUUAAACCGACAGAAGAAGUGAAACCCAAAGAAGAGGCUAAGAAGAAGAAGGAAGUGAAACCUAAGGAAGAUGUUGCACCUGAGGAGAAGCCAGAGGAAGAGGUUAAACCGACAGAAGAAGUGAAACCCAAAGAAGAGGCUAAGAAGAAGAAGGAAGUGAAACCUAAGGAAGAGGUUGCACCUGAGGAGAAGCCAGAGGAAGAGGUUAAACCGACAGAAGAAGUGAAACCCAAGGAAGAGGUUAAGAAGAAGAAGGAAGUGAAGCCUAAGGAAGAGACUAGACCUGAAGAGGAGAAGCCGAAGGAAGAGGUUAAACCGGCAGAAGAAGUGAAACCCAAAGAAGAGGCUAAGAAGAAGAAGGAAGUGAAACGUAAGGAAGAGGUUGCACCUGAGGAGAAGCCGAAGGAAGAGGUUAAACCGGUAGAAGAAGUGAAACCCAAAGAAGAGGCUAAGAAGAAGAAGGAAGUGAAACCUAAGGAAGAGGCUAGACCUGAAGAGGAGAAGCCGAAGGAAGAGGUUAAACCGGCAGAAGAAGUGAAACCCAAAGAAGAGGCUAAGAAGAAGAAGGAAGUGAAACCUAAGGAAGAGACUAGACCUGAAGAGGAGAAGCCGAAGGAAGAGGUUAAACCGGCAGAAGAAGUGAAACCCAAAGAAGAGGCUAAGAAGAAGAAGGAAGUGAAACGUAAGGAAGAGGUUGCACCUGAGGAGAAGCCGAAGGAAGAGGUUAAACCGGCAGAAGAAGUGAAACCCAAAGAAGAGGCUAAGAAGAAGAAGGAAGUGAAACCUAAGGAAGAUGUUGCACCUGAGGAGAAGCCGAAGGAAGAGGUUAAACCGGCAGAAGAGGUGAAACCAAAAGAAGAGGCUAAGAAGAAGAAGGAAGUGAAACCUAAGGAAGAGGCUAGACCUGAGGAGGAGAAGCCGAAGGAAGAGGUGGCGCCGGAAGAAGUCAAAUCCAAAGAAGAGCUUAAGAACGAGGAGAUGGAGGAGUCCAAGGAGAGUGCUGUGAGGCCUGAACGGAUGGCAGAGUCAGUGGAAAAGGUGACUAAAACGGAAGAAGAUGAAAUCGUUCCUUUCACCGUGCUUUCUAAGAGAGUUGAUGAUGUUUCUGGUGCUAUGGAUCAGUUCAUGGAAUCAGCCUUGGUUUUAAAACGAGAACACAUUAUUGUCGAACAUCCGAAAUCGCAGACAGUCACAAAUGAAAACGAGGACUGCAUCUUUGUUUGCAAGUUGAGUCGACCAGCACAAAACGUACAAUGGUUCCAUAAUGACAAAGAGUUGUGGACGCAACAACCAAAAAUGGAAAUCAUUACCGAUGAAAAAGAAUCAAGACUUGUCUUACAUGCCGUAGAUAAGAGAGACAUUGGGGAUUAUUACGUUGUAGUUGACGAGACCGAAAAGUCUGAUUUGGCUGAGCUCUCUUACAAGGUGGUACCGACGUUGACGUAUGAGGGACCAAUGGACGCUAUUGCAGCUGGAAAACAUUUUGACUUUAUAGUAAAGUUUACUGGUUAUCCAUCACCUCAAUUUGAUAUGACUCUCAAUGGCAAAGAUCUAAAACUUCUUGCUGAUGUGGAGAUAUACGACGAUUUUAUUUCAUUCCGCGUAAGAAACGUCAAGGAAAGCGGAACCAUAACUAUAUCGGCCCGGAACGAGCACGGCGAGGAUUCGCUCGAGAUUUCCAUGCAGGUGAUCGACGUGCCUUCGGCGCCAUUAGAUCUUCAAGCUAGUGAUGUUGGAUCGAGCACAGCUACGCUCUCAUGGAAAGCUCCGUUGUUUUCGAAUGGAUCAAAUAUCGCUGAAUACUGUGUUGAGCGUAAAUCAGUGGAGUACUCCCGGUGGCGUACCGUAGCAAGAGUGCCGGCAGACAAACUUACCGUCACUGUAACCGAUUUAUUCCCUAAUGAUUUAUAUGCUUUCCGUGUUAGCGCUGUAAACGACGUCGGGCAAGGACAUCCCAGCAAAGUCGCUGAAGUGGAGACUACUGAAGAGAUUGAAGAAAUGUACGAAGAAGAAAUUACGGAAAGAGUAGAAUUCACUGAACGGGAUGGUCUACCUGAGGAAGUGAGGGAGGAAGAGACAUCUGUCCCAUCCGUUUCUGAUGAUAAGACCACUGUUGAAACACAGAUUGAAGAGGUGGUUGCUGUGGAAAUAGACGAGAUAGAGGUGAAGCCAACGGAGAAAUUGGAACUGGAAGAGGAACAAAAAGCGGUGUCAGAACAGAAGGAAAUCCUCGAAGAAGAGGGUGAAGAAAAGAAGGAAACCAAAGAAAAAGGAAAGAAGAAGAAAGGAGCAAAAGCAAAGCCCUCUCAGGAAGAACUGUUACCGAAGGAGGAAAGUGAGAAGUGUCAAGAAAAGGGUGCAACAGAACAAGGAGAAAGGCCAGAGGAAAUCAAGAAGGCGGAGGAAGUCUCUUCCCCAGUGACUGAAGAGAAGAGGAAGGAGGAAAGUUCUGACCAGAAACAGCUUGCUAAGGAUGAGCCAGCUCAAGGAGAAGCAAAGAAAGCAAAACCAAAGAAAAAGAGCGAAGAAAAGCGGCGACUUCUAGAAGAGGGUGAUGUUCCUGGGGAAGAGAAAAGACCUAUGCAAGGAGCGGAUGAAACACCUAAGGAACAACAAAAUAAACUUCAGGAGGUUGGUAGCGAGAAGAAGAAAAAGCGAAUACCAAAAGCAAUCAUUAUUCCUGACGAGAUAAGUUCUAAGUUUGGAGAACCUAGCACUCUUCAUUCAGAGACUAAUAUAACUACAAAAAUUACUGCCAGAGAAGGUAGUGCUGAAACUAUGUCACCUAUCAAACAACCACAGUCCGCCAGCAUUACGAUGAAAGUCGACAGUGCCAGCAAAAUUCAGUCACGAACAGCAACACCAAGUGGUGAAGCUACUGAAUUUACGUUUAAGCAGCGUUCACAAACUCCAGAAGGAAAGAAGGAGGACACUGCGGCGACAGUCAAGUUAAAAAAUGAAGGUGUCGACAGAACUGGUCUUCCUCCCAAACCGGGAGGUGAAGCUGCUAGCCCAAAACCAAACGAAGAGACUAAAAAGAAGAAAAAGGAAGAAAAAAGUGUGGAAGAAAAGCCUAAAGAGAAGGGUAAGCCUGAGGAAGAGAAGCCGAAGGAAGAGGUUAAACCGGGAGAAGUGAAACCCAAAGAAGAGGCUAAGAAGAAGAAGGAAGUAAAACCAAAGGAAGAGGCUAGACCUGAGGAGGAGAAGCCGAAGGAAGAGGUUAAACCUGCAGAAGAGGUGAAACCAAAAGAAGAGGCUAAGAAGAAGAAGGAAGUGAAGCCUAAGGAAGAGGUUGCAUCUGAGGAGAAGCCGAAGGAAGAGGUUAAGCCGGCAGAAGAGGUGAAACCCAAAGAAGAGGCUAAGAAGAAGAAGAAGGAAGUAAAACCAAAGGAAGAGGUUGCACCUGAGGAGAAGCCGAAGGAAGAUGAUAAACCGACAGAUGAAGUGAAACCCAAAGAAGAGGCUAAGAAGAAGAAGGAAGUGAAACCUAAGGAAGAGGGUGCAUCUGAGGAGAAGCCGAAGGAAGACGUUAAGCCGGCAGAAGAGGUGAAACCCAAAGAAGAGGCUAAGAAGAAGAAGGAAGUGAAACCUAAGGAAGAGGUCACACCUGAGGAGAAGCCGAAGGAAGAUGAUAAACCGGCAGAAGAAGUGAAACCAAAAGAAGAGGCUAAGAAGAAGAAGAAGGAAGUGAAGCCUAAGGAAGAGGUUGCACCUGAAGAAGAGAAACCGAAGGAAGAGGUUAAACCGGGAGAUGUGAAACCCAAAGAAGAGGCUAAGAAGAAGAAGGAAGUGAAGCCUAAGGAAGAGGUUGCACCUGAAGAAGAGAAGCCGAAGGAAGAUGAUAAACCAGCAGAUGAAGUGAAACCAAAAGAAGAGGCUAAGAAGAAGAAGGAAGUGAAACCAAAGGAAGAGGUUGCAUCUGAGGAGAAGCCGAAGGAAGAGGUUAAGCCGGCAGAAGAGGUGAAACCCAAAGAAGAGGCUAAGAAGAAGAAGGAAGUGAAACCUAAGGAAGAGGUUGCACCUGAGGAGAAGCCGAAGGAAGAUGAUAAACCGACAGAUGAAGUGAAACCCAAAGAAGAGGCUAAGAAGAAGAAGGAAGUGAAACCUAAGGAAGAGGGUGCAUCUGAGGAGAAGCCGAAGGAAGACGUUAAGCCGGCAGAAGAGGUGAAACCCAAAGAAGAGGCUAAGAAGAAGAAGGAAGUGAAACCUAAGGAAGAGGUCACACCUGAGGAGAAGCCGAAGGAAGAUGAUAAACCGGCAGAAGAAGUGAAACCAAAAGAAGAGGCUAAGAAGAAGAAGGAAGUGAAACCUAAGGAAGAGGGUGCAUCUGAGGAGAAGCCGAAGGAAGACGUUAAGCCGGCAGAAGAGGUGAAACCCAAAGAAGAGGCUAAGAAGAAGAAGGAAGUGAAACCUAAGGAAGAGGUCACACCUGAGGAGAAGCCGAAGGAAGAUGAUAAACCGGCAGAAGAAGUGAAACCAAAAGAAGAGGCUAAGAAGAAGAAGGAAGUGAAGCCUAAGGAAGAGGUUGCACCUGAAGAAGAGAAACCGAAGGAAGAGGUUAAACCUGCAGAAGAAAUGAAACCCAAAGAAGAGGCUAAGAAGAAGAAGAAGGAAGUAAAACCAAAGGAAGAGGCUAGACCUGAGGAGGAGAAGCCGAAGGAAGAGGUUAAACCGGGAGAAGUGAAACCCAAAGAAGAGGCUAAGAAGAAGAAGGAAGUGAAACCUAAGGAAGAGGUCACACCUGAGGAGAAGCCGAAGGAAGAUGAUAAACCGGCAGAAGAAGCGAAACCAAAAGAAGAGGCUAAGAAGAAGAAGAAGGAAGUGAAGCCUAAGGAAGAGGUUGCACCUGAAGAAGAGAAACCGAAGGAAGAGGUUAAACCGGGAGAAGUGAAACCCAAAGAAGAGGCUAAGAAGAAGAAGGAAGUGAAACCUAAGGAAGAGGUUGCACCUGAGGAGGAGAAGCCGAAGCCCGAAGAUAUGGUCGAGAGUGUCGCAUUAGAGGAGCAACCUGAAACAACAGGGAAACCUAAGCGGAAAUCUCGCAAACAAGUCGUCCAAGGUACUAUUCCUGAGGGAGAAGCGGUAGAUGCUCUAUCCGGGGAUAGCAGCCCUCGCGAAAGUGAGGCCGUCAGCAUUAAAACUUCGAGAAAGUCUUCGGGCGCCUCCAGUGUUGACAGCUACACUAUUUCACGACGGCGAAUGAGAAAAGGAGGAUUUCUGUCAACACCGGGGGCAGAAGUUGUGGUUUUGCGUGGCGACAGUGUUAAAUUCGAAUGCGAGUUAGUGAAUGAGAGCGAAGAAGUUGAAUGGUUUAUCAACGAUAAAUCGUUCGCUGCUGAUGCCAGGGCUUCUGAAGAAUCGAAGGGACCUUUAAGAAUUCUAGUCAUACAGGAUCUUUCUCCUGCAGAUACAGGAAUGACAGUAGAAGUUCGACUUGGUGAUAACGUGGCUACUUCUAAAGUUAUCGUUGAAGAUACUCUUGCUGAGAUAACAAAACGAUUGGAGCGUAGAACUACUGGAAAAGAAGGAGAAAAUGUAGUUCUCAGUAUCGAAUUAAAUCACGAAGCAAAAGAGAUUGCGUGGUUUAAGGACGAGAAGCCAAUUUCAAACACGGAGAAAGUAACUACGGAAAGUGAAGGUACAUACUGCCGGUUGACAAUAAAACGAGCUGACUACAGCGAUGCUGGUCAGUACACAGUAGUAGCCGAUGGGUCUAAGAGCUACACAAAUCUUCAGAUCUUGGGAAAACCAAAAAUAAAAAGAGAUGAGAAGGAAAUUAUCGAGGUGGAAAGAGACGAAAACAUCGUGUUCAACAUACCUUUUGAGUGCCACGAAGAGCCAAAUGUUUCUUGUCUUUUCAAUGGUUCAGUGCUCUGUGAAGAUGCGAAAACGUUGAUUGAUGUGCAUGAAAAUGUCGUACGAUUCUGCAAGAAACACGUGACUAAGGUGGAUUCUGGCGAGUAUACAAUUAAACUCUUCAAUGAGAUUGGGGAGGAGUCUGUGUCGGUGCCAGUUCUAGUAAAAGAUGUUCCCGAAAAACCGUCAAGCAUCUCCGUUACGGAGAUCGAAACUGAGGCAAUUACUAUCGCAUGGAAUGCACCAAAUGAUGAUGGAGGACAACUCAUAACCGGAUAUUUAAUAGAGAAGAAGGAGGAUGGUCGUAGAACUUUCCACAAAGUUGCACAGGUUUCGGGCGCGUCGAGAUCAUAUACUGUAGAUGAACUGGAGAUGCAAACCGGCUACAUAUUGAGAGUAUCUGCAGUCAACAAAUAUGGAGCUGGAGAACCAAUCGAGACACCAGUUGUAACCACAGGAAGUCCAUACAUGGCUCCAACGAUAACUGAUGCGCCAGUUGUGUCAGAAAUUACCGAAAAUACUUGUGUGCUAACUUGGGAAAAGCCGACAGAAGACGGUGGAUCGCCUAUUUACGGUUACGAUGUUUACAAAAAAGAAGAUAAUGGAGGAUGGAUUAAGAUGAAUGACGAAUUUCUCUUCCAAGAACGAUUCAAAGUUCUGGAUCUUCUACCGAAUAUCAACUAUGUGUUCAAAAUUGAGGCUCACAAUGAAGCUGGCUUCUGUUCGGCAUCGAACGUCGAAUCGGAGCCGCUGUUGAUCUCGCCAAUUCUUGGUUCAGGUCGUCCUACUAGCAUCCUUCCCAUCCCGAGAAUCACGAUUACCGGCGAAGAUAGUGUGACCGUUGAAUGGGAUGUGGAUGACGAUGAACCUAGCACCGAAUUCAUCGUUUCAUACAAAUCCGAAAGCUCAUCGGUUUGGACUGAGGUGCAAUGUCAUAAUAACUCAUGCACUAUAGAAGGCCUAAAAGAAGGUGUUUCUUAUGUCUUCAAAGUUGCCCCAAGAAAUGAAGUUGGGGUUGGUAAUUUCUCAGAGGAAUCACAGCCAAUCAAAGUUAUCCCUAGUGUUGCUCCUGUUAUCAUCAAGCCAAUUAGGAACACAACUAUUCCUAAGAAGCGUAGUUUACAUUUGGAGUGCCACGCUAACGCUGAACCUGCUCCAGAAUAUAUUUGGUAUAAGGAUGGAAAGGAAAUUAUCCCGCAGAAUGCUAACACAGAGAUUGUAAACGAAGGCUACAUGAGUUUUCUGAUUAUUCACAGUGUCGAGAGUUGUGACGCUGGAGUUUACAAAUGUGAAGUGGAAAAUCAAUUCGGAAAAACGAGCUGCUCGGCUACAGUUAGCGUCACCGAUGUACGUUGUCACUUUGAGUCCUCGUUCUCCGAAUACACCGAGGUGAUCGAGGGUCAAGAAAUCAAACUUGAAUGCACUCUUUCUGAUGAAGACGGCGUGGUGGAGUGGUACAAAGAUGGAAAGAUCUUGGCUGCAGACGACCGUAUCAGUAUUUUAAGCGAUGAUAGAAUUCGAAUGUUGAGAAUAACUUCGGUUAAAGAAGGUGACAGUGGUAUAUACCGUUGUCAGACUUCGGACGGAAGAAGUAGGACCGAAGGCGAACUCCUUAUCAAAGAAGAGGAACCACACAUUAGCGUUGGUCCUCAGGACAACAUCAUCAAAGAGUUCGGAAUACCGGUCGAGCUGAGAUGCGAGCUGACAAAACCUGCCAACAGAGUCUUAUGGUUCAAAAAUGGAAAAGAAAUAUGGCCACAAACAAACAAAUAUGCCAUUGUGAUGGAGGAUUGUGUAUCGACACUUAAGAUACUGAACUUCGACAAAUCUGAUAUAGGAGAAUAUUACGCAGCUCUGAACGAAAAAGACGCUUCUGCGCCUGCCCAUUUAAAUCUUGAAGUGGCUCCUGAAAUUAAGAUACUUGAAAAUAUCGGUGAAAAUGUGGUAGUUCAUGCUCACACUGAAUUUGACUUCCACGUCGAAGCUGAUGGACAUCCACAACCGACAGUUAACAUUCUGCACAACAACUCUCGUGUUCAGAGUGGCCCUAAGGUGGAAGUGGAGGAGUAUGAGAACACGUUCAGCGUUCGCAUGAGGGACGUGACACGAGAUGAGAUUGGCACGAUCUCGAUCACCGCAGAAAACUGUGCCGGUGUAGCUCAUAAGGAAUUCCACCUUGAUGUUAUUGAUGUUCCAAGCGAGCCACUGGAGUUGAAGGCAACAAAUACGACCCAGCAGUCAACAACUUUGUCGUGGAAAGUUCCUACGGAAACAAAUGGAGCUCCAAUCACUGGGUUCAUUAUUGAAAGAAAGGCAGUUGACAGUAGUAGAUGGCGAACAAUAGGUAAGACGAACGCAAGAACUCUGAAAUUUGAGGCCGUAGAUUUGCUCACAAUGCAGGUCUACGGUUUCCGUGUGAUAGCAAUGAACGAAGCCGGAGAAGGGCCACCAUGUCACCCUGUUGACGUACUCAUAUCGGAAGAGGAGACAGAGAGUGACGGCACAUCUUCGGUCUCUUUGAAUAAGCCUGAUGCACCCACCGCAGAGCUCGAAGGGAAGAAAGCUGUCAUAUCGUGGAAUCCUACUGAGGAUGCCAUUCUCUAUCGACUAGAACAAAAACACGAUUCUGGUGAAUGGGACGAAGUCGCGACAAUCCAUGAGACUUCAUUCGUAAAUUCGCUGGAGGAAGAUGGCUCCUAUACAUAUCGAGUAAUUGCGACUAACUCUUUCUCUGAAUCGAAUUCAAGCGAGGAAUCAAUUCCUAUCUUGCUUGUAUCCGAGACUAAAGUGAUCGACAAAGAUGAACCUGAAGACCAACAAAAGCAAGUAAUCGAUGGUAUGUUGGAUGAUAAGGAAGAAACGGUAGCUGACGGGCUGCCAGGAUUAAAGGCAAGCGGAGAGGCGUCUGAUAAGGCUGAAGAUGAAGCAGUUAAGGAUGGAGAACCACCACGAGGAGUUGAGGAGAUGAGAAAAGAGGAAGAGAAGAUAAUGGACGGUGAAGUGCCAGAGGACCAGAAGGCAUCAAAGAAGGAGCAAAAGACUCCAAAAAAGAAGGGUAAAGUGCAGAAAAAAGAAAAACCUGCUCAGAUGGCUGAUGAAGGCGGUAAAGUUGAUGACGUGUCGGAAGAGCAAAAAGUGAAAGAUGCUUCUGAGACUGCGGAUCAUCAGGAAAAAAUGGAAGAAGCUGCUCCAAAGGUCAAAAAGGAAGAAAAAGAUGAUAAAGCUUUGGAAAAACAGGAGAAGUCGAAGUUGGAUGGAACAGCUCCUGAAAAGAUAGAUAAGGAAGAGGAUGGAGUAGCUGAGAAACUAGACGUAACCAAGAAGGACCAAUCAGAUGGGCAGCAGAAGGAGGACAAAGGUGCUGUUGGGCCCAAGAAGGACAAGGCAGAUAAAGAUAAGAAAAAGGGUAAAGAUGCUGAGAAGCUUGAUGUGACAAAGAAAGUCGAAGCGGAUAGGAAGAAGGAAGAAGAUGAAGCUGCUGAGAAGCUAGAUGGAAUCAAAGCAGAUGACAAAGUACCUGAAGACAAGAAGGAAGUGAAGAAGAAGGAAGUAUCACCCGAAAAGGCAGAUGAGAAGAAGAAAGAAGCAACCAAGAAGAAAAAAGAGAAGAAGGUCCCAGAAGCAAAAGUUAAGGAUGUCGUUGAGAACGGAGAACAGCCGUCAGAUUCUGAUUCAGUCACUGCAUCUCAAGCUUCAGAAAUUCAGCAGGAGAAACUGAUUCAGGAACCAAAGAAGUCGGAUCUGAUUUUGAAGCCGAACAAAGAAAUCGUUGAAGUUAAAACUGGUCGCUCUUUUGAGUUGACUGUAGAUGCAAAUAAUGACGUGAAGUUUGAAUGGACAAGAGAUGGUCACUCUCUUGAUUCCACUUAUUCCAUAAAGGACACCAAGACUCGUAGUACUGUUCACGUGAAAUCUGCCAGCAGUGAAAACGCUGGAAAAUAUGAAUGCAAAGGAACAGCCGCCGAUGGGGAUACGGCCAUUGUUUGGAUUACCGUCAAAAUUCCAGCGGCUCCUAUCAUAGAACUCGAAUCGAAAGUGGUCGAAGUGAAAGUUGGCGAAACCGCUACACUUUUUGCUAAUAUUCUAGGAGCUACGGACAUAAAAUGCGUAUGGAAAAAGGACGGCAAGCCAAUCAAGGAAAGCAAAAACAUAAUUUCAUCUUGUAAGGAAGGGACCGCUCAACUUGUAAUCAAAAAUGCAGAAAUUUCUCACAGUGGUGUGUACAAUCUAAAGGUAACAAGUGCUGAUGGAACUGCAGAAGCUGAUAUCACACUCAUUGUGAAAUCCGUUCCUGCCGCACCUGAAGCUCCUCUUACCGUCAAAAUUGAGGGGAACACUUGCAAUCUCUCGUGGAAAGAACCCCUGACCAACGGGAAUACUCCAAUUUUGGGUUAUUAUAUAGAAAAAUACGAGGAGAAGAAGAAAAAAUGGAACUUUGUUGCUAGAUGUACGGAGACAUACUUUAAGACAGACAUAGACGAAGCCGCUACCCGUUAUCGUUUCCGUAUCGCGGCCGAAAACACAGUUGGUGUUGGACCAACAAUUGAGGCUGACGGGGAAAUUCCCAAGAACCUACAAGUGACCGGUCCUCCAAAUCCCCCAGGCAAGCCUUGUGUGGAUAAACAAAGUGUGGACUCUCUACAACUAUCUUGGUCAGCACCUGCGCAGGAUGGAGGCGCUCCAAUAACCCAAUAUGUGGUUGAAAUGCGUUCUAAGAAAAAAAGUAAAACUUGGAAGAAGGCUGAAAUAUGUAAAGAACCCUCUGUGACCCUUUUCAACCUUGUAUCUGGAGAAACGUUCGUUUUCCGUGUACGAGCCGAAAACAGCAUUGGAUUGUCGGAACCAUCCGAGGAAUCAGAACCUAUACUUAUGGAGGAGCUAAAACCUGGAGAGAAACCAGAGGAAGUGGUAGUUGACGGAGAUAAGGCAACCGCCGCUGUGAACUACGAAACACUUGACGCCGAAGUUGAUCCAUCGGAUCGUAAGGCUAUUGACGCAAACCGUCUUCCGAAUGAUUUUGAGGCUAAGUAUACAAUCUGUGAAGAACUUGGUCAAGGUGCUUAUGGUACAGUUUACAGAGUAAUUGAGAAGGCUACUGGUAAGACGUGGGCAGCUAAGAUGGUGCAGGUCAGACCAGGAGUAAAACGUGAGGAUGUUCUUCAUGAAAUCUCGAUGAUGAAUCAGCUGCAACACGACAAACUUCUACAUCUUCAUGAAGCUUUCGACAUUGGCAGCGAAAUUUGUCUGAUUGAAGAAUUUGUAUCUGGCGGUGAACUGCUCGAUAAGAUCGUCGAAGAUGAAAUGCUGAUGAGCGAAAAGGAAGUCCGAGAUUACAUGAAGCAAAUACUUGAAGGAUUAGCUUACAUGCAUAGCAGGCAGAUCGUACAUUUGGAUCUGAAGCCCGAGAACAUCCUUCUCAAAUCGAAAAAAUCCAACGACGUUAAACUAAUCGACUUUGGAUUAGCUCGGAAGUUGGAUCCACACAAAACGGAGAAGUUGUUGUUUGGGACGCCGGAAUUCUGCGCACCUGAAGUUGUCAACUACGAACCAGUUGGGCUAAGCACCGAUAUGUGGUCUGUGGGUGUGAUCACCUAUUUGCUUCUCUCGGGAAUUUCGCCAUUCUUUGGAGAAACGGAUGCAGAAACGCUGGCUAAUGUCUCAGCUGCAGAUUGGGAUUUCGAUGAUCCGGUUUGGGAUGACGUUUCUGAGACGGCAAAGGACUUCAUUUGUCGACUGAUGGCAAAAGAUAAGCGUAAACGCAUGACAGUGCAACAAGCGCUACAACAUCCGUUCAUUAGCACCCCCAAAGAACCACAAAUGCGUGCUCAAUUGACUCCUCAACAGAAAAGAAAGUUUAUGGUACUUAGAAGAUGGUCUGAUGAUCUGCUUCCAAUCGGUCGAUUGGCCAACAGAGGAGCGAUCUUCCGAAGGCAUUCAAUGGACGGAGUGUUUGAGAGGAACAUCAGUUUUGAUAGUGACUACCCUCCGGCUUUGAAGAAGCAACUCGAAGACAUCGUCGCCCAUGUUGGAGAUCUGAUAGCGACUCUUUCAUGUGAAGUUGAUGCGAUACCUUCACCGAGAAUCAGUUGGUUCAAGGAUGACAAGCAAUUGGACGUCCCAUCGAUCAAGUUUGAUUCGUUGUACGAAGAUGGAACUGCUGAGUUGACGGUGAAAAAUAUCGAAGAAUCCGAUGCUGGAAACUAUGCCUGUAGAGCUACAAACCAACUUGGAUCUAUCACCACUGAGGCGAAGAUGGUAGUGGAGAAAAGAAAAGAAAAGAAGAAAUCAACUGAAGAUGAGAAGAAAACGAAGAAAACCACUAAGGUGACUGCGGAGGAACCAGAGAAGGUUAGCGCAGCCCCAUCCUUCAAUCCAACGUUGAGAGAUUGUUCCGUGCUGCUUGGAGAGACUCUAAAACUUUCCGUUGGAACAACACCCGAUGUGAAAGUUGAAUGGUGGCACAACGGGACGAGAAUUAGCGAAAGCGAUGAGCAUUACAUCCAGAAACAAGGAAAGGAUAGCGUUGAGCUCAUUAUCCACAAUGCAAGCACGUGUGAUCAAGGCGAAUGGAAGGUCAUAGGUGGAAACGACAUGGGGAAGUGUGAAUGUUCUUGCACAGUGGAUGUGACGAUUCCGGAUGGCUUUAUGGGACCCACGUUCGAAAAACCGCUAGAGGAUAUUCGAUGUGAAGAGCAAGAACUGCUCACGUUACCUGUUAAGAUUGCUGCAAAUCCAGCACCUGAGAUCAUUUGGUACUACAACGGCACAGAAAUCAAGCAUUCGGAUCGUUAUCGAAUAUUGUUUGAGGAUGAGAAACGCGAAUAUUCGUUGAUAAUUGUGAGCGCAUACGCUGAAGAUAGCGGAGAGUAUAGAUGCUGGGCUAAAAAUGUGGUUGGUGAAGCUCAAAGUGUUUGUUCCGUCCGAAUUGAGGAGCUUGAGGAUAAACGAAGUAAGAAAGUUGAUGAAUCAAAAGCUCCAAAGUUCACAAUGCCUCUUCCUAAUCCACGAGAGGUUUCGGAAGGUUCUGAAAUAGUUUUAUCCUGUGUUGUCACUGGCACUCCAUAUCCGAAGGUUAUAUGGCUAAAAGACGGUUUAAGAAUAUCCCCGUCUGAGAAGGCGAUAAAAUGUGAAAACGGAGUCUGUACGUUCUCAAAUCCCUCAGCGACACCAGAAGAUGCUGGUCAUUAUAUUUGUGAAGCGGCGAACAUUCACGGUAUUGCCCGGUCAGAGUGCGAUGUGAUCAUCACAUCGUCAACAGAAGCCGAUCAAUCACCCCCUAAUUUCGUUCUUUUGCUAACAGAUGUUACCGCUCAUGAACAAGAAGAAAUUCUUCUGGAAUGUUGUUUCAAUGGAAAACCUAAUCCAAAUAUUUCAUGGUACAAGGAUGGUCAGAAACUUGUAAUAGAAAAUCGUAUGCUACAGUACACGGACAGAAAAGGUUUAGCCAGGUUGAAUAUCAUGAACGCUGUACCAACGGAUUCCGGACAAUUUUCUUGUGAAGCGGUGAACGCGCUGGGCAAAGAUACAACCGAGUGCUAUGUGAAAGUUACAGGUGAUGCCACCCCGAGCAUAUCACGAAGUCCUAGUCGUAGCACCAGUGAAUCCAUUGGAUACGUUUCGGAUGACUCUCAUGCUCCAAUAAUUACACGACCGCUUGUGGACACAAUUGUGCAAGCUGGUUGCCGGGAAAUCCUUGAGUUAGAAGUGGAUGGAACACCAACCCCAAUGAUUGAAUGGUAUCACAAUGGGAAACUCGUUUCUGAAAGCAGGAAUGUUCGAAGCUAUUUUGAUGGAAGAGUUGCGUUUUUGAAGUUCUACGAUGCGCAAGCGAAUAAUCAAGGACAGUACACUUGCAAGGUGUCGAACAAAUUAGGUGUGGUUGAGUCUCGAGCAGAUCUAAUCGUACAACAGCAAACUUCGGACAAACUCCAACAAAUCCCAAUAUUUGUCAAGAAACUACAAGACGUUACCAUUCAAGAGGUAGGCGAAUCGAUUUCCCUGACCUGCCAAGCACGUGGUGAUCCGGUGCCGGAAUUCCGCUGGCUGCGCGAUGGUCAGCCUGUGGAUUCCCAAGCAUCGUUCCGAUGUCGAUCGUUUGAUGACGGGAUUGCAACAUUGGAAAUAAACAACGUAACCGAAGAACUUUGUGGUACGUACACUGCGGUCGCUUACAGUCCAAUUGGAGAAGCUCAUUCCUCAGCGCUUGUUACGCUGGAUCGAUCUGAAGUGAAGGACGCUGCUACAACUGCUCCUUCAAUCAUCGUUGCGCCACAGCCCAACAUAACCGUCGACGAAUCAUCACUUCUGACCAUCGUUUGUGAUAUCCAUGGUGCUCCCGAAAUGGAUAUUUCAUGGCUUAGGAACGGCGUACUGCUGAAAACUACGGAAAGAAUCCAAAUGGAACGUGAUGGACUCGCUUGCACUCUCAUCAUUUCCAAUGUAACUCCCGAAGACGAAGGAAAAUACACAAUCAUCGGAAAGGAUUCGUUUGGUGAAGCGAAAGCGGAUACUACGGUCACUGUAACACCGAAACGUGAACCUGCCGGGGCUACUUCAGUGAAAAUAGUGAAAGAACCUCCUGGACCUGUGGAAGAACUUCAUGUAGUAAAUAUUGACACGAACUCUGUUUCAUUAGAAUGGGCAGCCCCAUCAAACACCGGAGGAUCACGUGUUGAUGAGUAUAUAGUGGAACAGCGGACUCCUGACCAGCAAAGUUGGGUGGAAGUGUCGACUGUGACUCGACCACGGUGUACCAUCAAAGGUCUUCUACCCAGCACAGAAUAUAUCUAUCGCGUAGCCGCAAAGAAUUCACAAGGAGUUGGUGAUAGGAGUGCUAUUUUACACGUGAACACCUUGACCGAAGGAAGUAAACCACAAUUUACUGAACCACCACCGUCGUUGGUUACUGUACUCGAUGGAGAGCAAUUAAAUAUUUCUGCAAAAUUCACCGGUGCACCGACACCUGCUGUGAAAUGGUACCGAGACAGAAGAGAAAUCACGGAUUUGGAUAGCAUCACAGUGGACAGUGACAGCACGUCGUUAACAAUUCAUGAAGCUCGCCAUGGUGUAGACGACUCAUUGUACUCGUGCUUAAUAGAAAAUGAUAUGGGACAAGUUUCAACCGACAUAUCGGUGUCAAUCAUCCUGAGCAGUGAGGAUGCCACCGAUAUGGAUACGAGGAGUGAGCUCAGCGAGAGGCCUGCUGCUGCUGGUGCCGCCGGUGGUGCUCCUUCUUUGCUGAAGCCGUUAACGGACACAACUGUACAGUCGGGGCAGCAAUUCAGUCUGACCUGCCGAAUUACGUCGAAAAAUGGCACCGUUGCCUGGUAUCACAACGACAGUCGUGUUAAAUCCGCAGGACGUUACGAACUUUUCACUUCACAGAAUGGUGUCCACAAAUUGGUGUGUCACACCAGUACAAAUGACGAUUCGGGUGUCUAUCGAUGUGUUGUGACGAACAACAAAGGGAUCACACAAACCGAGUGCGAAGUCAUCGUCAAGGAUGCUGCUGAACAGGUAACACCUUCGUUCCAGCCGCCGUUAGUCGACACUACAACUCUGGUCGGAAAAGAUCUCGUCCUGAAGUGUCGCGCAGUAGGUUUUCCUGACCCGGAACUCGCUUGGACAAAAGAUGGUGAACGAUUGGCGACAAGCAGGAGAGUACGCCUUGUCUUCGACGACAACUGCGGUUCUGAGCUACAUAUCCGUGAUUGUUGCGCUCAGGAUGCCGGGAUAUAUUUUUGCACGGCUAUGAACACUGCUGGUAUUCAAUCAACACAGUGUACGCUUACUGUUGUUGACGUUGCUGGCGAUGAUGCUCAUUUGGUCGUUGCCGAAGAAGAGAAAGUUGCGAAACCACGAUUUAUCCGCGCUCCCCCAUCUACGAUGGACAUUCAUGAAGGCGGACAAUUCAAACUGAUUGCUAAGGCCGUUGGUGAGCCGAAGCCGUCGAUCAUUUGGAAGAAAGACGGAAGAGAAGUGCUUCGAACGAAUCGGCUCUACAAAACCUAUUUAACCGGAGAUGGUGAAAGUCAUUUGCUUGUUGAAUGUGUUGUGUCAAAAACCAGUGGGAUUUUUACUUGUAUUGCACACAACAUUCACGGGGAGGCUGAAAGCGAAACCCAAGUUAUCGUCCAUCGCGGCAUGACCACAGCUCCAUUAGCGGAAAAACCAACGUUUUCACAGCAUUUAAAAGAUUUAGGUGUAGUGACUGGACAUCCGGUCACACUCAGCUGCAAGGUGCAUGGAGUUCCUGAACCUGAACUGAAAUGGUACUAUAUUGACGAUGCAGGGAACGUUACAAGUCUUACUGAGGAUGAACAUGGAUGGAUCGAGUGUCGAGGAGGAGAGGUUGCUGAGCUAAAAGCAGAUUGUGUGCUAAGAAAUCAGCAGGGCACCUAUCAAUGUGUAGCCAGCAACGAGCACGGCCAAACUAGCACACAAUGCUACCUUCUUAUUGGAGAGCUUAAAGACGAACAUGCUGGUCCUCCACGAUUCCUACGCUGUCUCCGUGAUGUGUGGGCUCCGCUCGGUGAGGAAGUCGUAUUUGAGGUGGAAGUAGCCGGAUAUCCUGCUCCGGAUCUCACCUGGUACCAUCAGGAUAAGCGAGUAACGGAAGGAAAGGAUGUGAAGAUAAAUUACAUCUCCGAAGAAGUGUGCGAGCUUCGGGUAUCACAGCUGUCUCUUCGGGAUCUGGGCAGCUAUGCUGUAGAAGCCUCAAACGUGCACGGUAUAGUGAAGACCACGUGCUUCCUCAACGUCGGAGAACAGCGCCGAGCCGAGCCGCCGCAGUUCCAGCAAGUGGAAGCGCCAGAAAUUGCAGUUCAACCGAAAGUCGCAUUUCGAGAAUCUGUGAAAAAGUCAGCCUCGACUGUGCGUAAGGAGAUGCGCAAAAAAGGUGCUCCACCAGUCUUCGUUCAAGGUCUUGAGGAUUUGGAACUGCAAGCUGGUGACUCAGCGGCUGUAUCCGGGAAGCUUUCUCGAAAACAUCGACAUCAUCAUGGCGGUGAGAGGAAACUGUCGAAAAGUGCCCGAGUUGACGCUCGCGGUCUCGCUGCUGCCAUUGUGGCUGGGAUGAGUAACGAUGAAACCCCGAGGCAGAGUGUAGAAGAGAGCAAACAGGAGAUUGCCAUGGAAGAGGUUCGAAGUGCAAUCCAAGCAAGGAAUAUAAAUAUGUGUAGACCAAAAUUUGUAGUGAAACCAAAGCCUAAGAAGGUUUUGGAAGAAUUUAAAUCACUACGCCUGAAGACUGCCAUCUCUGCCAAUCCAACACCGUCUGUGUAUUGGGAUCGGGAAGGUGUUGUGUUGGAAACCGGAAACAAGUAUUCGAUUUACAAUGAUGGCGAUUUCUACUAUCUUGAGGUUCAUCACGUCUCCUUGUUCGAUCAAGGUUUCUACAAUUGUACUGCUACAAAUAGCGAAGGAAUCUCCACUUGCUCGUCAGAGGUGGAGGUGGUUAAACCCACUGAGGAUACCGCGAUGCAGCAAGAAAAAAGAAAAUACAGAAAGGAGAUGCGAAAACCGAAUUUUAUUGAAGUUCUACCAGGAAAGAUGAAGGCGAACGCUUGUGAACCGUUGUCAAUCGAAUGUUCGGUGUCCGGUUAUCCGGCACCGGCCAUACGAUGGCUGAGAAAUGGUGCUCCGCUUCUGCCACAAGCAGAAAGGUACUCAAUGUCGUAUGACGGUGAGUGCGCCACGUUGAAGUUCGCCUUUGUCUCGGUCGCUGAUGAAGGAGUAUAUACGCUUGAAGCUAGAAACGAGUUUGGAGAUACGAGAACACAGAUGUCCCUAGAAGUGGAUCCAGGAGAUUCACUGUCAGCUGAUGGUAUUCCACCUUUGUUCAGAACUGAAAAAGUACGGCAGAUUAUCAAAGCAAAUGACGGAGAGCGUGUUGAAUUAGCGGCUGAACUUGUUCAAGGUUCCGAACCUCUUCAUAUACGUUGGAUACGGAAUCGUGUCGCUAUAGCCGACUCUGAAUCGUUCCAAUAUGUUCGAAAUGGCACUGAUAUUCGACUAGUGAUUGCUGACGCAUUCCCAGAGGAUGGAGGAGAGUAUGCUGUGGAAGCACGGAAUUUAUAUGGCACUGCCAGAUGUAUUAUGAGAUUGGAUAUCCACAGUCACGAACGUUCGAUUGCUGAGGACGCGCCUCGGAUUGUGAGCGCUCCAAAACUUAUUAGAGCUGCUCCUGGGGAGUCGGCUGAGCUCUCAGUUCGUAUCACAGGACAUCCGGAACCCGUGAUUGCGUGGGCAAAAUCUGGGACAGCAUUAACGAAUUCUGAGAAAUUCACGCUUCUCAACGAAGGCGAUGAAUUUACAUUACGUAUAAACGAGGUCAUACGUACUGAUGCCGGGAAGUAUUCCCUAACAGCUGUAAACGUUGCUGGUGAAGUGACGGCCACUAUUGAGUUGGCUGUUGCUGAACCUACGAGUUCGUCCACAGUGCGACCACGCUUCACGCAUGCUCCUGUUUCGGUACAGUCUCGAGUUGGGCAACGAGUAGAGCUGCUGGCUCGGUUUACUGGGCAACCAGCUCCCGUUUGCCGUUGGUUCAAAGGCGACGUCGGGCUGGAGGAUGGCGUCGGCGGUUAUACGAUCGCCGAUGGCGCGGACAGUUCGACGUUAUCGAUUCUGUACUUGGAGAAUGAGCAUAUCGGAGAAUACCUUUGCACUGUACGUAACCCUUAUGGAGAAGAUCUCGCCACAGCUAUGAUCAUGAUUGAAGGCUCUUCUAUUGCACUACCACUACGAAGAUCGAAUCGUAGAUGA